AUGUCCCCUGCCCUCGUAUUUAGAUCAGGAGCACUCAUCACUGCCUUGGGCAUCACCACGGGCGCAUUUGGCUCUCACGGCCUCCAAAACGCCCAGCCCCCCCUCACCCCCCGCCAGGUUUCCUCCUUUGGUGUCGCCUCCAACUACCUCAUCUACAACGGUCUCGCCCUCCUUGCGAUCUCUUUCCACCCCGGAUUCUUGGCCGGGGCGGGCACGAGGAGGUACAAGGUUGCCGCGGGGAUGAUUGCCGGAGGGGCUGUAGUGUUUUCGGGGAGCAUCUUUGCGCUGGUGUUGGGGAGGAAGUGGGAGGGGGUCAAGGUUCUGGGUCCUGUCACGCCUUUGGGUGGAUUGGCCAUGAUUGCUGGGUGA